AUGAGAAAGAUGAAUUAUACAAAUUGCACAGCAGAAACAAUUGCAAAUAAAUCUAAAACCGUAACGGAAAAAAUGCUGAUUUCUUUGGCAUUGGCUGUAAUAACUACUUUGACCACAUUGUUAAAUUCAGCUGUGAUUAUUGCCAUUUGCACAACCAAGAAACUGCACCAACCAGCCAACUAUUUGAUAUGUUCACUGGCUUUUACUGAUUUCUUGGUUGCCAUUUUGGUAAUGCCUUUAAGCAUUGCCUACAUUGUCAUGGAUACCUGGACUCUUGGUUAUGUAAUCUGUGAAAUAUGGCUUAGCGUGGAUAUGACCUGCUGUACUUGUUCGAUCCUUCAUUUAUGCGUGAUUGCUCUUGAUCGAUACUGGGCCAUAACCGAUGCAAUUGAAUAUGCCAGGAAACGUACAGUUAAGCGGGCUUCUCUAAUGAUCUUAAUAGUAUGGACUAUUUCAGUCUUCAUUUCUCUUCCACCUCUAUUCUGGAGGAACCAUCACAAUAUAAGUACCCCCAGCAGGUGUAUCAUUCAGCAUGAUCAUGUGAUCUAUACAAUAUACUCCACAUUUGGGGCAUUUUAUAUCCCUUUGACUUUAAUACUUAUUUUGUACUAUAGAAUAUACCAUGCUGCAAAAAGCCUUUACCAAAAAAGAGGAUCAAGCCGCCAUUUAAGCAACAGAAGCAAUGACAGCCAAAACUCCUUUGCCCAUUGCAAGCUCACACAGACAUUCUGUGUGUCAGAAUUUUCCACAUCGGAUCCUACCAUAGAAUUUGAGAAGAUGACUGCAUGCGUGAGGACUCUGCCAUAUGAUAAUGACAAUGACUUGUCAGGGGACCGACAGCAGCAGAUCUCUAGCUCAAGAGAAAGGAAAGCUGCUCGUAUCCUUGGACUUAUUCUAGGAGCUUUUAUGUUGAGUUGGUUGCCAUUUUUCAUCAAAGAGCUUGUUGUUGGACUUAGUCUUUGCACUGUAUCACCAGAAGUGGCUGAUUUUCUGACCUGGUUAGGUUAUGUGAAUUCGCUAGUCAAUCCCCUUCUUUACACUAGCUUCAAUGAUGAUUUUAAGAUAGCCUUUAAAAAACUUAUUAGAUGCAAAGAGCAUUCAUAA